UCAAAUAAUAUGUCAAACUUUUCCGUAGAUUUUUAAAAUAAUUUAUAAAUCUAUUACAUCAUAAUGGCACAAAUAAACGAGAGCCCAGAUCCGAUUCAAGAAGAUGAUAAUGGUUUGGAUGAAGAUGACUUCGAUAAUUACCUAGCAACACAUCCAGCAUUUAUGGACAAGGAUCCAACUCCAGAAAUGAUUGAAAAUAGUCCUUUACUUCAGGGUUUACAGCAACUAAAAUACGAAGAUGAUGAUGACACUCCUGAAACUCAGGCUCUUGCUUAUAAAGAAGAUGGAAAUUGGCAUUUCAAGAAAAAAUUAUAUGCCCAAGCAGUCAGGGCUUAUACCGUGGCUUUAAGAAAGCAAUGUUCUGAUAACACUCUGAACUCUACUCUUUAUUCUAAUCGAGCUGCAGCAAAUUAUUAUUUGAAGAACUAUCGGUCAUCAAUUGCUGAUUCAAUCAAAGCGUUAAAUAUUGAACCAACAAAAAUCAAGUCACUUCUGAGAGGUGCUCUGUGUUGCGAAGCGCUGGAAAAACAUGAUGAGACUAUUCGGUGGGCGAAAAAGAUUGUAUCGAUUGAUGAAGACCACAAACAAGCUAAAGAAUUGUUAGAAAGUGCACAAAAGAAAUUUAAAAUUGCUGAAAGGGAUCGCAGAAAACGUGAAACGCAAGAAAGAAUGAAACAGAAAAAAAUGAAAGCCCUCAUUGAUGCGAUAAAAAACCGCAAAAUCAAGUUGGAUUUGAGCGACUUAAAACCUGAAAAAAAUGAACUGCUAUCUGAGGAAGAUUCGUUAACAUUAUCAAGCGUCGAUACCAGCAAUCCUUCACACGCAAAAGUUCAUUUUGAAGACGAAUCAUUAGAUUGUUUAGCGGAAAAAGGCAGGCUAAUAUGGCCUGUAUUGUUUUGUUAUCCAGAAUACCAAGUUUCUGAAAUUGUUGAACAAUUUCACGAAGAUGCAACAUUUGAUGAUCAUUUGGAUAUUAUGUUUGAUGACCCACCACCCUGGGAUACGCAUAAUUGUUAUAAAGUCGGAAGCCUGGAAAUUUAUUAUGAAAAUAAUGAAGGGAAAUCGAUUCGCAGGGUUUCUUCAAACUGCACUUUGGGUGAUGUCUUGACUUCUGAAAAUAUAAUAGUAAAAGCUGGUACUCCAGUGUUCAUUAUAUUGUCAAAGACUUCCACAUUUAAAGAUGUAUUUUUGUCAAAAUAUCGUACAAGAUGAAUUUUUAUGAAGCUUCUUAGUUUUCUACUGCCCAUGCAUGCGGUGCUCCAGAAGUGUAUGUACCAAUAUGGAGGUCACUAAUUUUGUUCGCCUACUUUACAACAUCAAGUUGUGUAAAGGGACUGGAACCUAUUGGCAGUGGGUAUAUUCACUUGGCUAGCACAAACAGUCCCGAACUCGUAAUAGAAAUAUAAGAAAUGAUAACAAAAAUCGAGAUAAAAUUAUCGCCUAACUUGGUACACAUACUACAAUAGUUAAGUGGUAGACCGCCAAUGCUGCUUCGUCUCAUAAUAUUGUUUGAUUGAUUUAUCAAUUUAAAAAAAUAUCACUGACAUAAAAUCAUCUGAAAUGUUUUGUGCAAUAAUGAAACACCUAUUCGCCUAAAAUUUGGGAAGAUAUUAUUGUGAAAAUAAGACUCAUGUUUUGGGACUUUGCUCGCAAAUGCUGCCUUAUUAUACUGUAUGACAACUUAAGCUAAAUAAAUAAAACAAACCUUUAAACAAAAAGUUUCAAAUUUAUCCAAAUCGUGGUGGAACUAAAAUCACUAGAUGAAAAAAUAUUUCUGCAUAUCUGUUUGUGGAUUUGAUCGGAUGCGGCGAGAUUGGUUACACUUGACCAGAGGCGGGCAAGCAUUGAGUCCCAAAUUUGUAAGUUCAAUGAAAAUUUAAAUGACAAUUCUGUCAGAUUCAUGUCGCUCCCGCUAACAUUUCUAUUUCUAUUUGCUCCCAUUAAGAAAAACUGUCCUUGAACGGAAAUUUUUACCGUGGGGUCCAAGAUGAUUUUUGAGCUAAAACACAGCACUGGGGAUAUAGCCCACAGUUUCAAAUUCCACUCAAAUAUUUUGAUGGUAGGUGCGUUGCCUACAGCUGCUGCAUUAAACGUUUUAUAUUAUUUGCUGAGACAUUAAUGGUUAAACUUAUUACAAAAAAUUUUAUUGUGUAACAUUGACAACAAA